AUGUGCAGCGGAGGAGGUGAAAAACGACGCAUGGGCCGCGUGCGGUCGACCUCCAUGACGGCAUCCGCCAGGCUCGGCUUCGAACUCAACGGCGACAUGAUUGCAUUCCAGCCAAACGCGGUCCGCAGGAGGACAAUCUCUGCCGGUCAGAUGAAUCCCGGCAAGGGAGGGCCCGACGUGGGGGAAGCCUUGAGGAGCCUGCUGGCCGACGCAACGAUAUCUACAAAGAAACACGAUGUGAAACGUUCGAGCACCACGGUGUCCUGCUCCAAUCGGUUGGGUGUGAGGCCGCAAGCCGGAGACGAGCAAGACCUGGGUGCGUGGCUCAGUGACGGCGUCUCGGUUUCUGCUCCCGCUCCCGCUGUACGUUCGACGUCGCCGGGCUUUUCACCAAGGCACUCGAGCGGGGGACGAAGGGCGUCGGCAGCCGGCCCCACGCACGCAGGAGCGAAGCCGGGACGGAAUGAAGCCCAGAGCAAGGUACGGCAACCGCCUGCCCGGAUCCAGGAGGGUCGAGGGCCGGCCGGUGCGGGAGUCGUUGGAGCUUCUAUGGCUGCGGCAUCCAGCGCACAGGCGAGUCAAGUGGGGGCGGGGCCGGCCGUGGCAUCCACGCACCAGGCAGCAACAGCAACAACAACAGCAACGACGGGUGGACUAAGCCCGUCGCGGAAUAUCGCCCCCCCGGCGUCGACCACCCUACCGACCAUCGGGCUCGUGUCAGGAGUGGCGUGUGGGGGCUAUGGCCGUGGUGAGAGCAACGUGGUUGGCUGCGACGACUCCAAGGGUGCAUCGGUCGCCAAGGGUGGCGAAGGUGGGGUGCUGAUGGGGGGAGCGCCUGCAGCAAGCGCAACGGGGGAUUCCUCGAAAGUGGAGUGGCGCAGUUCAGCACGGGGAGGUUGUUACCUCGACAGUGAACACGACGGUGACGGUCCCGCGAGCGCGCGACCGGCCAACCUGGAGAGAAACAUGAAGGUCGAAUGUGAGCCCAACCGGAAGAUGACGCCGGAAGAGCUGGCGGAGGACAAACUGGAGAUGGAGAGGAUGAGGGAGGGGUACAGGCGAAGAAUCAGGAGCGCGUACACGCCGGUGAUGUCGCCUGUUGUUGGGGAAGGGGGAGCGGGCCACGCUACCCCUCCUUCAGGUCGCGGCAACGAGAAAGGGGCAGCGGCACCAGCUGCAGCGCCGGCAGGCGGUGCUCACCCAGACCAAGAAACGGCCACACCGAUGAACGGGCGAAGAAGUCGUCCUGGGAUGUACCGAUGUCACGCUACAACCGGAUUGGUUGGGUCAUGA